CAGCAGCUUCUCCGCAGCGUCACCGCACACAAACACACAGGAGCAACACAGACUCACACAGUCGACCUAAAUUAAUUUAGUAGCGCAAUUAUCCCAAAACUGCCCCUGGGUAUUCAGCAGCAGCCGGAAAAAAAAAAGAGAAGAAAUUAACGAAGAAGGAGGACGAAGGAUGUGACAGAUGUUGGAAAAGUCUGGUUGGAUGUAGAGCGGAGGAGGAGGAGGAGGAAGAGGAGAGGAACUGUCCUGAACUGAGAGAUGUUUUUCUGCUGCGGACAGACGAUGAUGAAGAUUUACUGCAACGAUUCCUUCACUGAAAUCUUCCUCUGGAAAUUCUAAAGGGCAUGUUACUGACGGAACUUCCUCCAAACACAGGACUUAACUCGAGUCUGAUUCCAACUUGACUGCCACUGGUUAUGAAAAUCUGCACACCGAGACUGAAACGGCAGGGGGUAAGAUGUUUGUGGAGUCAGUCGUCCGGUGGGGGGCGUGGAGCGUCCUGCUCCAGUUUGGACUGGGUGUAGCUGCAGGAGGUUGUCCGUCACGCUGUGUGUGUCGACCCGAGGUCAAAGAAGUGAUCUGCUCUGGAAAACAUUUGAAUUCUGUGCCAGAGGGCUUUUCCAGCGAUGCCAGGCGUUUGGAUUUCUCUCACAAUAAGAUUAAGACAGUGGGCCGCCGCCAGUUCUCUGGCCUCCUGCAACUUCAAGAGUUGGACCUCAGCGAUAACAUAAUCUCCAUGAUUGAGGUAGAGGCUUUCCAAGGCCUGCAGAAUCUCAGGACGCUUCGGAUUAAGAAUAACCGACUCAAGAUCAUCCCAGUCGGGGUGUUCUCUGGCCUGUCCGGCCUGCGCCUUCUAGAUUUAAGCCAGAAUGAGAUUCUGGUCUUCCUGGACUACACCUUCAAAGAAAUGGUGAGCCUGCAAACGCUGGAGGCUGGAGAGAAUGAUUUAGUGUUCAUCUCGCAGCGGGCGUUCGUUGGUCUACAGAAUCUGCAGGAGCUCAAUUUAGAUCGCAGCAACCUGACGUCUAUUCCCACUGAGGCAUUGUCGCAGCUCCAGAGCCUGACGCGUCUUCGAAUGCUGCGCCUGACCAUCACGACACUUCCUAACAACGCUUUCCGACGACUCCACCGUCUGCGCAGCCUCCUGAUAGCAAACUGGCCAGCCCUGGACUCUAUAGCUAGCAACAGCCUGAUUGGUCUCAAUUUGACCUCGCUUGUCAUCAGCAGCUGCAACCUCAGUGCUGUUCCUUAUUCAGCGCUGCGUCACCUGGUGUACCUGCGCUUCCUGGACCUAUCCUACAACCCCAUCACUGUUAUCCAAGGUAAUCUGCUCAGUGACCUCCUGCGACUCCAGGAGUUACACCUAGCAGGGGGGAGCCUGCUACGAAUAGAGCCAGGGGCCUUCAGGGGACUGGCCUACUUUCGUAUGCUCAAUGUGACAUUCAAUCAGCUUGCUACUUUGGAGGAGCGUGUCUUCCACUCUGUGGGGAACCUUCAGGUGCUGCGGUUGGAUGGGAAUCCCCUGUCAUGUGACUGCCGCCUUCUGUGGGUAGUCCGUCGCAGAUUACGUUUGAACUUUGACGGACAUCAGCCAACUUGUUCCUCCCCGGAUGCAGUGAGACAGCGUGAAUUCAGAGACUUCUCAGAGAAGGAACUCCCGCGGCUGUUUACCUGCCGCCCUGCUCGAAUCAUGGACCGCAGGCCGCAGGAGGCCAGAGUGGAGGAGGGUACGACAGUUCUCUUCUCCUGCAAAGCUGACGGGGAUCCGUUCCCAUCCAUCACCUGGAUCUCCUCCCACAAGAAUUUGGUUUCUGCAACAGGAAGGAUCAGAGUUUUGCCCAACGGCACUCUAGAAGUGCGUUUUGCCCAAGUACAGGACAGUGGUACCUAUCAGUGCCUGGCGAGCAACGCGGCCGGCAAUGACAGCCUGACUGUCGGCCUCUAUGUGAAGGGCCUCCCCCGUAACAGAACCAUCCCUUUCUUCUCAGAGGAGGGUUGGGCGGAGCCUUCGAAUCCCCAAGCUGCCAACUCCUCGGCUCAAAUGGCCAAGCCGUACCCGUUCGACGCAAAGACGCUUAUCAUCGCCACUACCAUGGGCUUCCUGUCGUUUCUCAGCUCGGUGGCCAUCUGCUUCGUCUUCAUGUUCUUCUGGAGCCAGAGCAAAGGACAGAUCAAGCACACGGCAACUAUUGACUUUGUUCCUCGAUCGUCCAUGGGCGGAGGAGGAGAGGGAGGUGAUGGUGGCAGGUUCACCAUGAAGCUUAUUUAAAGCAGAGCUGAAAGGGGUCUUCACGGUGUCUGUCGGUUCUUUGCAAUAUGGACCCUCCCCUCCGUUGGGACCCUCAGAGACAGAGACAUCUAUUCGAAGGCAUCAGUGCCAGUCUGUUGAGCUUCUAAUUUAAGAGCUGAAAGUCUCGGUGCCCACUCGGCCGUGUUAUCUAACUAAUGAAUAUCUCAUGGUCCUGGGACAGAGUGAUGUCGACAGACUGUUGGCAGAGAUGUGUCAUGGUGGCUGAACAACCUCUGCUUUGACAGGUGGAAUUUUUUAUGUAGCAUGUAAUUAUGUUUAAAUUUGAACAGAUUUGGGGAAAUACACACAGAGUCUUUGAAUUAGACACAUUAAACAAAUGUCUCUGCGUUGUUUAAACACAUCAGGUCCACAUCGUACAAGUCAAGUGAAUAUUGACCCUUUUGACCCCUGGGUUGCUUUUUUCACUCACCAACAGAGAAUCAUGUCGGAGACUGUUAAUUCAGCAUUGGUUGUAAGACUUUAACUUUAAUAUGAAUAUGUGACGUUAAAGCUUUUGAUACUUGCAAUAAAUAUAUAUGGAAUAGUGUCGCCAAGUAAUUUCUGAUCUCAAGUUUGUGGUUACAUUUUUGAAAUGUGUCGAGCUUUGCAUUAUGUUUGAUUUCCAGCUUGAUUUAAAUGAUAAUGUGAGAGGACAGAUUACAUAUUACAGACUGUACCAUGAUAUACAUAGGAAUGUUCCCAUUUCAUGCUUAAAACUAGAAUGUCACUAAGUCGACUGCAUGUACUGCCACCACUUUUUUAUUUCCUACCCACACAAAUGACUGAAAAACAUGUGCCUCAGUAACAUUCUCACCACGGACAGAGAGAAUGCUCACGGUUAUCUUGUAAAUAUUUAGGUCAAGGGCGUUUGUGCGCGCCGGGUUUAUUCUAUCAUUUGAUCUAGUUGUGGGGAUUAGUGUCACUCUGAUGCACCACUCUUGUUGUGUAUAAACUUCAUUGUGUCAGAUGUACUAUGCACAAAGCGACGCUUUAUCGAGCCAGGAUGAGAGGAUGUCAAUGAUGCACACACAAGCUCUGACAAGUUUGUUUGGCGCUCGCUGUCUUGUUCAUAAAU